AUUAAGAAAUUUGCAACGAGUGAGGAUCAGGGGGAAGGGAAACACGGCAGGAUCCUUCCGCCGUGGGGGACGUCGCUUCUGACGUCACUCAAACACGUUAACCACACACAAUUAAGUUUUUAUUCCUCCUCCUCUCCCUCAACUUUAAUACACCUAUUUAAUACAGCUGUGUCGGUAUGUAGUUGAAAUCGAAAUUGGAGAAUUCGAGAAGUUUUUAUUUUAACAAGUUGGAUUUGAAAUCGCGAAGAUAUGGAAAGAACAGAACCUGAAUCAUCAAAGGGGCGGAGAGUGGUGGUUAUCGGCGGCGGAGUCGCCGGCUCUCUUACCUGUAAAUUGCUUCAGUUCGAUUCCGAUCUCACCCUCAUCGAUCCGAAGGAGUAUUUUGAGAUUACAUGGGCAAGUUUAAGGUCAAUGGUGGAGCCAUCUUUUGCUGAAAGAUCAGUGAUAAACCACAAGAAGUAUUUACAAAACGGUCGUGUUGUGACUUCUCCAGCUGUUAAUAUCACAGACACUGAUGUUGUUACCGCUGAUGGGCUUGUCUUUGGUUAUGAUUACCUUGUCAUUGCUACUGGUCACAAUGAUGUGCUUCCCAAAACUAGGCAAGAGAAGCUUUCUCAAUACCAAGCAGAGUAUGAGAAGAUCAAGUCCUCUGAGUCGAUUCUGAUUGUUGGUGGAGGCCCGUCGGGUGUGGAGCUUGCUGCGGAAAUAGCUGUUGAUUUCCCAGAGAAGAAGGUUACUAUUGUACACAAUGGACCGAGAUUGCUGGAGUUUGUUGGCCAAAAAGCUGCAGACAAGGCAUUGGAUUGGAUGAAAUCCAAGAGAGUUGAAGUGCUAUUGAACCAAAGGGUUGAUUUGAAAUCAGCUUCGGACGGAAAUAAAACAUACAAAACAUCAGGAGGUGAAACGAUACACGCAGAUUGCCACUUCCUUUGCAUUGGAAAACCUUUGUCUUCAGAAUGGCUUAAGGGAACUCUUCUGAAAGAUAACUUGGAUGGCAAAGGAAGGCUGAUGGUUGAUGAGUACUUGAGAGUUAAGGGUCGCAAGAAUGUAUUCGCAAUUGGUGAUAUUACUGAUGUCCCGGAGAUGAAACAAGGCUACAUUGCUGAGAAACACGCCUCUGUGGCUACAAAGAACAUAAAGCUGUUGAUGUCUGGUGGGAACGAGAAGAAGAUGUCGAGUUACAAGCCUGGUCCAGAUAUUGCCAUAAUAUCUUUAGGAAGAAAGGAAUCAGUGGCUCAGUUCCCAUUCUUGACAAUCUCGGGUUGCGUUCCUGGUUUGAUCAAAUCCAAGGAUCUGUUUGUGGGGAAGACGAGGAAGGCGAGAGGGUUGGAUCCUAAUGUUGUGGAGCCUUGAAAGAUUGUGUUUAUCAGUUUUAAGUUUCUUCAUGAGAUUCUUGUGCAGACGCUUUGGUCUUCUUUUUCAUUUCAUGUUUGCUGUGUGUUGAUUUGGUUUAGUCCUUUUUUCUUGGUUUUCACAGGAGAGGGUUUUGGUGUGAUUUUGUGUCGUAUACUGAAUUUGUGCAUCUUAAUUUGGCCACACUACUUUGUAUCAGUGAUACUACAGAGUACAAAUUGAUAAAGCAUUCAAGAAAAUGAGACUA